UGCUCGAAUCACGAACACUGGGAAAAUCUUCCCUGCUCAAACAAGAUCUGGAUAGGUCCGUCGGUACUCAAUGGUGACCUCUCCUCAUUAACCGACUUAUCUACCAAGCUUAUUGAUGCUGGUGCUGAUUACCUCCAUUUAGACGUUAUGGACGGACAUUUUGUUCCUAACAUCACUUUCGGCCAUCCUGUUGUGGCCUGUCUGAAACCAAAAUUGCCAAAGGGAACUUUCUUAGACCUUCAUAUGAUGGUAGCUGAGCCAGAAAAGUGGAUUGAAGGCAUGCGCAAUGCUGGUGCCACUCAGUAUACAUUUCACCUCGAGGCUGCCGAUGACGUCAAGCGUUGUAUUCGCAAAAUUCGUGAAGCCGACAUGAAGGUUGGCCUAGGGAUCAAACCAAAGACUGUGGUGGAGGAAGUCUUCCCUUACGUGGAUCUAGUUGAUAUGAUUCUUGUUAUGACUGUGGAACCUGGUUUUGGCGGUCAAAGCUUCAUGGCUGAUAUGAUGCCAAAGGUUAAAGCUCUUCGUGAGAAAUAUCAUGCCUUAAACAUUGAAGUUGAUGGAGGUGUCGGCCCAAAGACAAUUCGCGAAUGUAUUGAGAAUGGAGCCAAUAUGAUUGUCUCGGGGAGUGCGGUGACAGGUGCUGAAGAUCCAGCGGCGGUUAUCAAAAUGUUGCGCAAUCCUGUUGCUAGAUUGUGA